AUCAGUUAGAAUUUGAACAAAAGUCUAAGCAAACAAAGCCCCCAGCACCAUGAAGUUCUUCAUUAUUUUCUUCACCUUGAUCGUGGCUGUCUUCGCUGCCGGAUACGGCCAGCAGGGACAUGGACAGGGUGGACAUGGACAGCAAGGUUUUGGUCAGGGUGGACAUGGCCAGCAAGGAUUCGGACAGCAGGGACAUGGCCAGCAAGGUUUUGGUCAGGGUGGACAUGGCCAGCAAGGAUUCGGACAGCAGGGUGGACAUGGCCAGCAGGGAGGACAUGGCCAGCAAGGAUUCGGCCAGCAAGGACACGGUCAGGCUGGAUUCAACCAGGGUGGACAUGGCCAGCAGGGACAUGGCCAGUCUGGAUUUAACCAGGGCGGACAUGGCCAGGGACACAACCAGGGCGGUCAUGGCGGACGUUAUUAAGCAAACUUGAUCGACAAAAUAUAAUAAAAAUGAAUUUAUAAAUA